AUGUGGAUAAGUGUUUUGCGUCGUGGGCCUUUAAGUACAAGUCAAUUAGAAAAUGCCCGGAUUUGCGAGGAACAUUUUAUGAGUGGAAACAGUCCAGUUUUUGAUAGGAUGCUUUCCCUUCCGAUGAAAGAGACACUUACGGGCAUUGUGGAAAUUGAAGAUCUAAAGUCGGAAGUUUUUGAAGAAAUGCUAAGAUUUAUAUACACGAAUGAAUUCGACGCUGAAGGUGAUUAUCAUUUAAAGGAAAUGAUGGUUGCUGCAGACAAAUAUGAGAUUGAUGACCUCAAAAGUAAAUGCGAGGAUAUUUUGGCAGAAAGAUUAUCAGUUUCUUUUACUUCUGGAAUCACACAAAGUAAUAGCAGACGUUCAAAGCUUGUUAAUUUAGCUCUUUUAGAAGAAGAUCCACCUUCCGAAUAA